GGCGCAUGCGGGCGCACGGGCUGGCCCCGGGCUGGACCGGGUCUGCGGCCUCCUCGCUCGACUCAAUCAACAGCGAGGUGGAGCCGGAGCCCUUCUGCAGCCUGUCCACGCGGGGGGGCGGCAUGUGCUGCGAGCCGCGAGGUGCGGACACCACGCACACAUGGAUCUAUGUCGGCGAGGGCCAGGGCAGAUUCGACAUGGUCAAGAGUUACAGCUACGUCGGCGACGGCUACGGUAGCUACGACGCCGAGGCCCACACAGUGUACCACUCCUGGCGGCUGCGUUGUUGCUCCAAGCUGUUGCUGGCAGCAGCAGUGCUGGCGCUGGUGGUGGCCAUUUGGGCAUCUGCUGAUUUCGGCCAGUCUCUAUUCCAGCCGAUUGCGGACAUGGCGGCAGACGCUCAGGCCGAGCUCGGCGGGCUGUGGGCCGGCCUCACGGAGGGCGCCUCUGCUGCCGAGGGGUCUACCCGUCGCUUGCGCUGGGGCGCGCGGCGCCGCCUGCGGCGACGCCUUUCGGCGGUAGCGCUGCGAGAAGCACCCCAGGCGCAAGAGGCGCUCAAAGAGAGCCGCUGGCCGUAG